AUGACCAACAUCCUCAUCCUAGGUGCCACUCGAGGACUCGGUGCUUCUCUCCGCACCCUCUACUCCUCAAAGCCGGACACCCAUGUCUUUGCAACGUCACGAUCAUCGAACCCGGAGCCGAGUCAAGGAGUUACCUGGCUGACAGGUAUUGAUGUCGCUCAACCAGAUGCGGGCCAGAAGUUAGUGUCGCAGCUUUCAUCUACAAAGAUCUCAACGGCCAUUAUCACGGCUGGAUACUUCGGCUUAGAGACAUUCGAUUCCCCGGACUGGGAAAAGCAGAUUAAGAUGUACACCACUUCUGCUAUCGGUCCUGUCUUUGUGGUACAGAAACUCGUCAAAGCCGGGUUAUUGGAUCAGGGGAGCAAAGUGAUUCUCGUCAGUAGCGAGAGCGGCAGCAUCACUUUGCGCCAUGAGAAGGAGGGUGGAGGCAACUUCGGCCAUCAUGCCAGUAAGGCUGCUUUGAAUAUGGUGGGGAAACUUCUGAGUUUGGACUUAAAACCCAAGGACAUUGCAGUUGGUCUGGUGCAUCCUGGGUUUAUGCGGACGGAGAUGACGAAGGGUGUCGGGUUUGAUAAAUACUGGGACGAUGGCGGAGCCAUUACACCAGAUGAGGCAGCGGAAAGACUUGCAUCUUUUAUCGAGAAAUUUGAUAUCAACAAGACCGGGGAAUUCUGGGCUCCAGGAGGACCAGGUGAUAUUGGUACCGCCGAAGAUGUCCUUGGGAAAAACCUUCCGACCCCUCUGCAGCUGCCAUGGUAG